AAUUGAUAAUGAUUGGCCUGUAACAUUGUUUUAAAUAUAUUAUCCAGUAUGGAUGAGUUUCCCCUAGUUUAAACCUUAACAAUUGAUAAGGCUUAGCGUUUAGUAUUGUCCGUACAUUAAGAUCAACCACUGUGACAUCAAGUUGCUAUUGAAAUAACAAAGACACAUAGUCUCGGCCAAGUAAUUCGUGAUUGUAACAGUUAAACUUUAUUUUCUGUCGUUUUUAGUUUGUUUUUUUCUCCACCGUUUGGAGCAAUUUUUGUGUCAGGAGCACGCCACUGUUAAUGAUGACGACCGAAAAAAAGUUAUCAUGCACGUGCGUAACGCAUCUUUUGAAAUAUUUAAACGCCUUUAGAUGGAACAAAGAAUAUGUCAAUGUUGAUAAAUGGAAAUUUUACAAUUGGAAAGCUAAAAUCAUCUCGUUUGUUUGUCAUUUAUAAAUCAUCAAUCUGUGUAAAUAACAAGACAAUAUCAAUAUAUGAAGCAUACUCUAAAUGUCGGUAUUAUUAUUUAUUCCAAGUUCACUGUGAUAUAUAAGUUACAAUCAUUCACCGAAAGUUUAAAAAAAAAAAAAAAAAAAAAAAAAGAUGCUUUGUCUUUUAGUUUUGAUAAUGAUUAUAACAAAUCUGCUUCAUAUGAGUACUAAACCGGUAGGUCUGUAUGUGUGCACAUGUACUAUCCAUUGGAAUACUGACUGCUUGUUUAUAUACAUAUUAUAUUAUCCAACACAUAUCAUGAAUAUGUUGUAGAUAGAAAAUAAUUCAUUUUAAUGACAUUGUCCUUGUUGUAUUUAAUUGUGUUGUUACUCUCUGAGUAAACACAACUGCAGUUUAAAUAAAUAUAGAUAAAUCAUGAGCGGGCGCUGUUACAUAACUGCCUUCGAUGAUUACUUUGAUCAAUCCACAAACAUGAAAAGUAAUUAUGUAACAUACAUUGUUAUAUAUUAUUUAUGUUUACACGUAUGGAAAUAGCAUUGGGGAGAAGUAAAUAUUUAUCAUAUACAACACUUUAUUCAGUUGAUUUUGAAUUUUUUCAAGUAAUACAUUUAAAGAAGUCCACGAAGAAGCGGAGUUUUAUUGGUCACAGCUACAGAACGACUUUCUUGAGGAAUACAGUGUAAAAACGAUAUUUCCAAUACAUGUCCAGUUACUUGUUUUACCGGUGGUCAUCAUCCAUGCCUUCAUAUGGUUUUGUUGUCCUUAUCUUGGUGGAAAAUUGUAUGAAAAAUUUCGCAGAGAUGAAGAAGUUGAUUAUGGUCGGAGAGACGACGUUAAAGACGAAACAACUUUAAAUCGUGGUCCUAUGUUUGUAAGAGUUUUCCUGUAUAAUACAAAUUUUGAUUUGAAGCUAAAAUCAACGAAUGAAGCCGAGGGAAAUGGUGCUAUGAAAGCAAAAGGGGAAAUAGACAUCAUGGAAACUGACAGAAUAACGAAGCUUCAGGCUCAAUUGGAUUCCAAUAGCUUCAAGCUAGAACAGCUUAACGAGAGAAACGAUAAACGAAAUCAAAAGUUAUGGAACAAACAGAAAGAUAUGGAUAAAUAUUUGAGGGAUAUGAAGAUAGUGAUAAUGACCAGACUGAAAGGUAUGCAUGGUAGUUUGGGAAGAAUAGAGAAGGAGGUAUCAAAUACCGCCAAAAUUAUAAAAGAUGCAGACUUCACCUCGGAUGAAGAGGAAGAGGAAAAGAAAAGUGAUACCUCGACGUCAGAUGAAGAGGAUUCUGAUGAAUUGUCUAGUUCUGUGGAUUUAGAACCAUCACAUGAUCCAGAUUGUAAAAUGCAAUAAUCAGACAAUAGAAAAGUUGUAGGCAUGUUUGAACCAAAAAUAUUUUUUUGGAAACAGCAAUAUGGCCAUUUGUACCAUAACAUAUUGUAUGUACUUGACCUCCGGAAUAACACUGGAGUGAUUGUCUACUAUAUGCCUAUAAUCAUCUGUAGUGUCAUAACUUAUGUAUUUACAUUUGUAAUAAUUUAAUUUUGGAUUUAACACGUCUUCUGAUUGGCUGAAAGUGUUUUGUCUAUCAGCUCAUUCGAAAUAACAUAAAAUAUGUGGUGCACACUUUUAAAUAAACUGCUACGCGGUUUAUUCAGUGUGCACCACAUUUUUGAUGUUAUUUCUUCAUACACAGAAAAUACAUUACAGUCAUUCCUUAUGUAUGAUUAUGAAUAAGAUUUUUCUCGUGGUAAUUUCCAUGUAUUUCUCACUGUUUUCAAAUGAAGUUCAAAAUAAACAAAAGUGCAGGUAACAACUUUAUUGUGUUGUUUGUCAGAUCAUGGACAUGCAUUUUGUUUGCAAAACAUCGAAUUUCAUAAUAACAAUAAUUUUUAUUCGAUUAGAUUUUAACUUUUUUUUCCUGUUAUCAGUUUGCCGUAGAAACAGCGACGGUUUGACCAAAACAAAUGCUUACGGUCACUUUAACGUAUAUAAACAAACAGCAAAUAAACCUAUAUUCAUCAAAAUGUUUUUCAAUUUCCCUUUUUAUUUUAGAGUGUUGCUUUAACUAAAGAAAACGUCCCCUUACAUAAUUUUGUAAUUGAUAAUAUUCUUAAUAUUCUUAGUUGUGUUAUACUGUACGCAAAUGUUAAGCUAUACUUUAUUGUUUUUUUUAUAUAUUUAUUUAAAGUUAUAUCAAAAUAAUUGCGAAUCUUACUGUCAAAUGAAUGUUUACAAUGAAAUUGACGUUUUUAUCAACGUUUCUAGUAGGUUUUAGUUUUCAAAUAUUUUGUUAUCAUGCAAUUCGUGAUCAAUGGAUUAUUAUGCCCGAACAUUUGAGGAGUAUAAGUUAAUUUUAUCACGUAUAUAUCAUCACAUCAUCCUUUGGUAGAUUGACUAAAGAUAUAAAUGUUUUAAAAAUAAAGUUGACACAGUUUAAUGUUUUGAAAAUGUGGUCUUUGGUACUUUCAAAAGUUUCAAAAUAUGACCUUAACUUUAUGUUUUUCUCUUUUUUCUUUAGGGCUGGGGUGUUUUUAUUUUUGUAUAUUUUUUAUCAUGUUGUUAAAACAUGUGUAAAAUGCUGACGGUUUUUAUUUUAAUAAAUAGAUUAAUAUACUAAUAAAAAUAUGCUUAAAAGAAAAUGAUAUCUUUAAGUUUGUCUGUCACCACUUAAUAGUGAUGUUUAAGCAAAUGCAAAACACUGUUUGACUUUAACAAUAAAUUCAAAAGAUUAUUUGAUUUUCAAAUAAAAUAGAAAUGAACACAUUAGCGAAGGGUCUCCACUUUGAGGAUAUUGGAAGCAAGCUUGUUGUAAGUAUUUGGCAAGUAAAGGGUGAGACUGAAAUCUGGUACAUUUUACUAUGCUAACUGGCUAAUGUUAGUAAAAUGAUGUCUUUCCAAGCUUCAAAUGUAAUACAAUAAAUUGGUUGAAUAUUAUUAAAAUUAAAAGGAAAGAUUGGUUCAAUCCCUUAUAACUAUUACAUAUUCUAUUAGGCAAUUGACGUUGAUGUAUUACACCUGUUAUCCAAAUGUUACACUAUUUGUCAUGCUGUUUUUUUGUGUUUGUUUAUUUUUUGUAAAAGAAUAUAAAACCUCAUUGAACAAUAUUUUCUUAACUUAAUUCUGAAGUUGAUGUUAAAAGUUCCGUAUCACUUGCCCGAACUGAUUUUGGUAACUAAGGAAUGAUUUUGUUAAUCAAUUAUCUGAUGAAAUAUUCAUAUUUUAUAUUUACUUUUUAUGUUUCUGUACAACUUUCUUGAUUUUUUUGAUUUUUUUCAAAUAAAACAAAUGUAUUAAAUAUAUAGUGCUAUACAUGUGCAGUUCUGAUCAGUUAUGAUUCUACAACCUGUACCGAUAGUGAUUACUUAUAUUUUUCCAUUGCAUAAGGCCAUGGGUUUCUCAGACUGUUUAUGACGUCUAUAUACUAAAUCCGUUGGAUGUGUAGAGAUUUAUAUUCUUAAGUCUUGGAGAACAUGAUUUGUUUGUUAUAACAUAUUGUGUUAUUUUAUUAGUUAUGUACUUUGUACCAAUUUAUUUGUUAAGCCAUUUGUUUGAAAUUGAUUUUUACGGUGUUCUUGUUUUAUGCUAGUACACUGCUGCCCCAGGUUAGUGGAAGGUUGAGCGCUAAAAAAAAAGGUCAACUCCACCACAUCUUGUUUGUACCUGUCCCAAGGCAGGAGCCUGCAAGUCAGUGUUUGUCGUUACUUUAUGUCUAACAUAGUUGUUUUUCAUAAUUUGUCCUGCAAUAAAUUAGGCUGUUAUUUUUCUCGUUUAAAUAAUUUUUGAUUUGAUUUUUUUUUAUUUCGAAACAUUUUUUAGAAGACUAUACGUUUUUGGUUUUUGUUCAUUCCCAAGGGCAUGCAGUGACCAACAAAAAAGAUUACAUUUACGUUAUUUCAACUCUGAUGGAUAUUUGUCUCAUUGACUAUAAAUUGUUUUCCAUUCGUUUGAUGUGUUUGAACUUUUGAUUUUGACAUUUGAUAAGAUUUCUGAUUUGAAUUUUCUUCGGAGUUCGGUAUUUUUAUUAUUUUACUUUUCCUAUCAACUCGCCUUAAUGUUAUAAUGUUUAGGAUUUUGUCAUAUUGUUUAUCAAAACAAUGUAGUUCAAUUUAUUUUAUUUUUUUGCAUUUGUCGUUAACUUAUACAGUAAUAAUAAUUCCGAGCAUCGCAUUUGAAACUUUACUAAAAAAUGUUAUAACAUACCAGUAUAAUAGGAAACAUUGACAAUGUCAAAUGUGAUUUGUUGUCUCACGAAUAAAAUGAAAUUAUGAAAUAAUAGCGAAUAUGAGGUAGACAUUUAUUUAUAUUUUAUUUUUUAUUUCAUCUUUAUAAAUGUGACGCUACAUUGUACCUGCAUACAAUCAUAUUGAAUGUUCAUCUGUAUCCCUUUUUAUAGUUUAUCUGUAUACUCGCUUGUCAAUGCUUUAAUAAAGACGCUUCAAAUUUA